AAUUUCACUCCUACGUGGCAUUAAAAAAAAAAAAAAAAAAAACAGAAACCUAAUUCUCUCUCCCUCUCCCGCUGCUCUCCCUCCCUCGCUCCUGUCUCUAUCACUCCGGCGCAAGCCUUCGGGCCACCGGCGAAGAAGAAGGCUCUCUCUCCUCCACCGGCGAAGAAGAAGGCUUUUCAUCCGAAUCAUUUGAGUGAUGAAAGCGAUGAUGAUGAGGAUGACGAAGUAGCUCUGAUACUUGAGCUUGAGCAAAUAAGGAAGGAAAGAGCUGAGGAGAAGCUAUGAAUGCUAGAAUGGUUGAGGAAGAACAUGAAUUUAAUAGUCCAAAAUCCAACAAGAAAAGGCCAACGGAGCAUAAAAAGGAAAAGAAGCGAUUAUUAGAUGAAAAAGAAGAGGUUUUCAAAGAGGGGUCCCCAGUGGAUGGGAAUCCAAAAUCCAAUGAUGCAAGCACAAUAAAAGAAAAAAAGAAAAAGAAAAAAUGUUUAUUGGUAGAAGCUAGGAAGGUUGUGGAUGCACAAGAAGUUAGCAGAGAGAGUCCUCAUGAGGAAGAAGAACAAGAGGUUAAUAGAAUAGGAGUGGCGGUUGAGGAGAAUUUAGAACUGAAUGGUGAAAUUGCAGAUAUUAGGAAAAAUAAAAGGAAGAAUAAGUUAUCGAAGGAAGCCGUGGAGGCUGACAGGCGCGGCAUUUGCUACUUGAGUCAGAUUCCUCCUCACAUGGAUCCUUUGAAGCUUCGACAGAUUCUCUCUCAGCAUGGAGAAAUACAACGGAUUUAUCUCACUCCUAAAAAUUCUGCUACUCAAGUACAUCGUAAGCGAGCCGGUAAGUUUCAACAGCAACUAUAUACAGAAGGGUGGGUUGAAUUUAAAGAUAAAAGGGUUGCUAAGAUGGUCGCUAAAAUGUUAAAUGGUGAACAAAUUGGCGGGAGGAAGAGAUCAUCCUUCUAUUAUGACCUUUGGAAUAUCAAGUAUUUAAGUAAAUUCAAGUGGGAUGAUCUUACUUCAGAGACUGCUUACAAGAGUUCCAUUCGGGAGCAGAAACUAGCUCUAGAGAUUUCUGCUGCCAAAAAGGAACGGGAUUUCUAUCUCUCUAAAGUUGAUCAAGCCCGUGCUUUGAGUGCUAUAGAAGAACGAUUAGAGAAGAAGCGAAAGGUCCAACAGGAGUCGGGAAUGAACUCUGAGCUCCCUGUUAGCCAGCAGCAGGUUCGGAAGGUGAUUAGGCAAUUUCCACAAAAACAACCAGUUGCAGAUAAUGCAGGACAAGCCAAACCUCGACUUUCUAUGGACGUCCUUGCUGGGGCAUUUGGUGGUUUUUAGUCUUAUGUUCAAAAAUCAAGUUAAUGCAAGUCGAAUGCCAAGUAGAUGAAUGUUAUGACAUUCUAGUGAAUUAUAAAGUCAUUUUUGGUUUUUUAAUGAUGUUGGGCUUCAAAUGAUCGAGUUUAAAUUGUAAUUUUUUGAGCUUUUGAACUAUUUUGAAUACUAGGAGAACCCAACACCUUCCAAGAAUUUAGGUCACCUGAAAUUUCUUGCUUGAA